AGUCUCUUUCCCAAGUCUUCUUGUAUCUCAUUUCCAAGUCAACUGCCGUGCUAAGCAGAUACAGAAGAGAAAACAUGGCUUAAAGGGAGAGGAAGAUUACCCUGUUGCCGUCGGAAAAGAAGGGAAACACCCUCCAAAUUGUUCAUUCUUCCAAUGUGGAAAACUGGGCUGGCUUAAAUUUCCCUUCAACAAUGAAACAAAUCCAGAAUGCGGAUUGCGUACAAUAGUAAAUUGCACUGAAGAGGCUCCGAAGAUCCAACUGGAAAGGGGAGGAAGACAUUUUGAGGUGAAAAACAUCCAGGGUGAUACCAUAAUAAUUCAAGAUGAGCAGCUUCAAGAGCACUUGAAACAUGGCAGAUGUGACUUCAUCGACAACUUAACUUCUUCCCCUUCUCCUUCUGUUUUUUUCACACCAGUACCCACCCUAACCGAACUAACCCUGUUUAAAUGCCACCGUAGUCACAAUAUUGAUCUUAUUACAGAGUAUAAUUAUACCAGAUGUCAAGACUACAUUAUCCACUAUAAUCAUUCAAAUCAUAUUCCUCCAACUCCACCUCCACCUGGCUGUUCAAUUAUUCAGUAUCCAGUAAACAUGAGUACUGUAGGUAUCGCUAAACUGGAUUCCCUGUUGACUCCUGAUAUCACUCUUGAAGUGAAUGUGUUCUCACACUGUUGGAAUUGUCUCAAUAGAGGAGGCCAAUGCCAAGAUGAUGAAAAGGGAAAAUUCCAGUGUGCACAUGUGAAAGGGAAUGACAAUCGAUUGAAGCUAGCCCUAGGAUCAGGUAUCAGCGCCGGAGGCAUUACCAUCUUAAUAAUUUGUUUCAUCAUCCGACAGCGCCAUAAAAGGAAGUAUGCUUCAACUUUCCUCUCAAGGAACACUUCUUCAGAUCCCUCUUCACAACCAGGAUUGGAAACAACGGGGACGUAUUUUGGCAUCCCCAUUUUCCCCUACAGUGAACUUGAAGAAGCCACUUAUCAUUUUGUCCCUGAUAGAGAAAUUGGAGAUGGAGGUUUUGGAACUGUAUACCAUGGACAACUGCGAGAUGGGCGAGAGGUUGCCGUCAAGCGCCUAUACGAGAACAAUUACAGGCGGGUUGAACAGUUCAUGAAUGAAGUUCAAAUCCUCACUCGUUUGCGCCACCGGAAUCUUGUCUCCCUUUACGGCUGCACCUCACGCCACAGCCGUGAACUCCUUCUGGUUUACGAAUUUAUUCCCAAUGGAACAGUCGCUGAUCAUCUCCACGGGAAUCGAGCAGAUUCAGGCUUACUCACAUGGCCUAUCCGAUUGAGUAUUGCCAUAGAAACUGCCAGCGCAUUAUGUUAUCUCCAUGCUUCUGAUGUUGUACACCGGGACGUGAAAACUAAGAACAUUCUCCUGGAUAAUAGUUUCUGCGUUAAAGUCGCAGAUUUCGGGCUUUCACGACUCUUCCCCACUGAUGUUACCCAUGUCUCAACCGCUCCACAGGGAACUCCCGGCUAUGUUGAUCCAGAAUAUCACCUAUGUCACCAGCUUACCGACAAGAGCGAUGUUUACAGCUUCGGGGUUGUCCUUAUUGAACUCAUAUCAUCACUGCCUGCUGUAGACUUUAGUAGGCUUAAGCAUGAGAUCAAUUUGUCUAACUACGCUAUAAACAAGAUACAAAAAUGUGCAUUUCACGAGCUGAUUGACCCACAUCUUGGAUUCAAUUCAGAUCUUGCGGUUAAUAGGAUGACUACUCUGGUAGCAGAAUUAGCCUUUCGCUGUCUGCAACCUGACAAGGAAAUGAGGCCUUCCAUGGAUGAAGUUUUGGAGAUUUUGAAGGAAAUUGAGAGUAACAGGCAUGAAUUGGAGAACAUGGACGCAGCAGCGGACAGUGUUGGAUCAUCGAUGCGUGAGCCGCCGCCACCUUCACCAGAUUGUGAUGAAGUGGGGUUGUUGAAAAGCGUCCAGCUGAUGCCAUCACCAGAUAGUACGACCGCUCAAUGGGCCAGUAGGUCUACUACACCAAGCGCCAGUGCUUAGCUUUUCCCUUGUAUUUUGCUUAUUUUUCAAAGGAGAUGCUAAAAAUAUGUGAAACAUUUAACUCACAUAACUGAAAGGGUUAAUGUUCUUUCUCAUCUUCGUAGCUUUGUUUUGUUGUCCAUGUACCAGAGAUGAAUCUCAGAUUCAUUGUCUACUGGAUUUAAGGCCUGAAGGGAGAAUGUGCAAAGUAAAAGAAGCUGUCGUUGAUAUGCCCAGCUUUGAUUUUGUAA